AUGACUUUGGUGAUGGAAAAAUCGCAUAACUACGUUGCUAUUUUUGAGAAAACCGAGAAUAAUACUUUAUGUCAAUCGAUGAUUGAUAUUCUUACAUCAUCAAAAUAUAAGUCAUUGGGGUAUGCAAUUUUGACAAAUACUGAUUUUAACUACUCCCAAGCACUGUUUGCUGAUUUGGUUGCAAAUUUAAAUAACAUUAAAAAGGGCAAAAUUGCUGCUAUUAAAAAGGGCAAAACUGCUGUUAUUAAAAAGGGCAAAGCUGCUGCUAUUGAAAAGGCGAAAACUGCUGGUUUUCUUAUGUUUCCUAGACUAGAUUUGACGAACAGGAUAUAUAACUUGGAAACAACUGUUGUUGAUAUGAAAGAUCAAUUGAAGCAGUUGGUGGAUGCUUUCAAAAGUCGACCUUCUCAUCAGCAGUUAUGCCAAGAGCUUUGGAAUUCAGUACAACCCAUUCUCGCAGCUCAAAGGGAACUGGCUGAGAUUCAACUUAAUUCCCACAUGAAGCUAAUUAGAGUUAUGGUUGAAGCAAGAUACAAAGACACACAGGCUGACAUCAAGGGCAUAAAAGAAUGCAUUGUAAAGUUAACUGGUACUACCCCUACACCUGUGUUUGAAAAAGAAGAUGAAAAUGAUGCUGAUAAGAGGGAAAAGGAUUCCAUGAAAAACUUUGGCAAACCAACACCAAGGGAUCAUCCAAAACAAAAUCCAAAGGCUGCCAAGCAAACUUCUGCAAAAUCUCCUGGAAAAUCUGAUACUGGUAAGAAAAAGGGAAUUGAUGAUUCUGUUAACAAACAGACAGAUAAGGAGAUUGAACGAAAACAGAAGAGGAAGCAUACAAAAGAGGAAGAUGAAGUGCUCAACAUUGGAACUUCAAAUAGUAGAAAAUCACAGAAAGAUAACGAAUCACCACCAGAAAAACCAACCACUGCCGCGAAACUCAAAACCACUGCUGAACCUAAGAAGUCAGAUUCUGAUACACCUAAAACAAAACUCUCACCACAAAAACCACCUGUCAAAAAGCAGAAUACAAAAUCCUCAUCAGCAUUGCCAACCUCGACUGAAACAAUUGCUGAUGCAACAAAUGUUUCAGCAUAUGUUAAGACAACAGCGGUUGAGACACCGCAAGCAGAAGAUAAGGCAAAUGAAAAGUGUAAAGGGCUAGGAGACAUUAAUUUAUCAGCUCGCAUGCAAUAUUGGCUUGGUGAAGUCAAGAAGCUGGAAGAUUUUGCUAGAGACCUGAGUAAGAAUAUGUCAAAUCUGUCACCAAAUGUUGAGCUAGAAAAGACAUUAAGAAAUGAGUUCUUGAACACUAUCAUGGAAACCAAGCCCUACGAAGCCUACAGAUCUGAUUUCAAAGACUGGCCCCUUAAGGCUCUUAAUGAGGAAGUUAAUAGAAUUGAAAAGAUGAAUAAAGAUCCUCAAAUGCCAAAAUCUGCUCCCAACUGGAAACAAUACAAAAAGGUUGAAGUGGAUGAAGUGUUGAAGUAUAAGAGAACGAAGGCAGAACUUGUAGCAGCUAAGGUUGGGACUGCUAGACAUAUUGGAAAAUGGACUAAGCAGUCUAUUGAUCUAGCUUACAGUAGGUUAGAAGAGCGAAGAAAGACAGAUCCAUCCCUUCCUAAAAAUCCAGUAUACAAAGAUGAACGACUGUUAUACGUCGGCAGACCGUUACAUCUAAAAAGCUGUUCUCAUCAGCAGAUGUAUCCAUUGCUGCCUUGA